AUGUGUCGCCAAAAAGUCUCGAUUCCACCAAAUGUUGUACAGCACAAACCCAAGUCAAUCGCCAAUUCGUUCGACCCACCCCUCCAAUUUGAAGCUUCCCCUGGUUGGCUCGAAAACUAUCGCCGAAGGAGCUCAGUUGGUAUCACCAUCUUACACGGGGAAGGCGGAGAAGUGGACAAAGAAGACCCGGAGCUGCUUGCCGGCCUUGCUGUGCUCUGGAACAUCGUAGCCACGUACCCUGAGCACUGCGUCUACAAUAUGGACGAGACGGGACCUAUUUAUCGCACACUUCCACGGAAGAGACUCCUUACCCCCGACGAACCCCCUGUCUCGACUCGAGGUAGAAAGGUCCCGAAGGAUCGCGUCUCACUCAUUUUAUGUGCGAAUUCGGACGGCACGCACAGAUCCCCAUCUGUCUCGUCGGCAAGGCCAAUGAACCCCUAUGUGUCCGCGAAACGUCCAGGCCUGUGCACUAUUUCUCCCAGAAGAAAGCGUGGGUUGAUCGAGAGGUUUGCGAAGCCUGAUGCCGUGCAGUCUUUGUCCCAAGUGUGCGGUCAUUCACGUCAGGUAUUGCUUUUUCUCGACAAUGCGCCUGGUCACUUCUGUGACAUGGAAAUAGACGGCGUGCGGAUUGCAUUUUUGCCACCCAAUUGCACUGCUUGGCGCCAGCCUAUAGAUCUGGGGGUGAUUGCAGCUACGAAAAAACGAUACCGGUAUCUUCUGUUGAGCCGCGCAUUGUCUUUUUAUGAAAAGACAUGCGAAGUGCAGGAUGCGAUUCGGGAGCAAGCUGCACUUUUACGCGCUGGCGUUGCUGGCGUCGAUUAUGGGAAGCCUGCGCACGUCCUGGAUGCAGCUCUGUUGAUCAAAGAAGCAUGGGAUAGUCUCUUCGCACUGUACAGCCACAACAGUAAGUACUUGUAUCACUUUUCAAAUCGCCACCUCGACGCAAUGCAGCAAUCUACUUGGACGACCGACAACACGGCCAUCCGUGGCUUGUCCCUGGACAUUCCCGGUCGAGUGGUGAUCCUCCACGACCCCCUGCAAAACGCCACUGCCAAAGUCGACGUGUUCACUGACAUCCCUGAGUUUCUCGAAUUCGUUCACUCCUCGCUUGUGACUCGAGCUGAUGGCUCCCCCUACAUCAGGACGACCUUUCGGAGAGAUCUCAUACCGCAAAGACAGUACCACCUCCACGGAUCCGUCCUUGUGCACGUGACGUUGCAAGCCCCCGUGUCGUUUGUGGAAUCUUCAUCCCGGGGGGACACCAUCCUCCACCAAGAAGCAGUGUCCCUUGGCUUGAAUGAAUCCCUCGCGGUGGAAGCAUCCGAGUCCAACUCGGUGUACCUGGAGUUGAAUCAAACCGUUGAGCUGGCCAAUUUGCACUUGACCACGAAAGACAGCGGCGCCAUUCAAUUGGUCACGUCUGGUGGCAUCAACGUCGCGUCCUCGUUGGACGUCAAGGCGAACGACGGGGGUGUCGUAGCUAUCCAGGGAGAGCUCGCUGUCACCAGCGACAGGCUCAAGGUCACUGCCGCGGACACUGGAGCUAUCUACGUGACAUCGACCACUGACCAAAUUGUAACCGUGCGCCAAGUCGCUUCGGUCACGGACAAGGGGAAGUUAAACUUGUACCCACGAGGGGUUUGCAACACCAGCAAGAUCCACGUUACUGAGUUCAGUCACGCAAACUUGGGGUCCAUCGCGUGCCAGUCAGUGUCCGUGGAGGCCUCCGAGGGUGGAGCUGCAGUGGUGCAGGCAGUGGCAUCGCUCACGGCCAACGCGGUCGAGGGUGGUCGCGUCCAGUAUUUCAACUCGACAGCAGGGUUAGGGCUCCAGUUCAAGUCCAGCAACGUAUGGCCAGUGAGUCAGAAUGAGUUCACCACGUUUGCAUUUCGUCCUGUACCUAGCCAGGACGCAUUGACGAUCGACUUGCAUGGAUUUGGCUGGGGAGCGAGGUUCCAACCCCCGAACCCCGUGACUGCGAUGGCGGUUCCUAUGGUCGAUGCCACGGUUGGGUUCAUGGCGAUGUGUGGGGUGCUAUUUCUGGCUUUUGCGUUGUGUCGACCGCCAAAGCGCAAAGAAACCCAGCCGCUCAAGAGCAGCCAUACUCAAUUGAACACCCAAUACGUUUGAUGCAGGCCUAUGUAUGUACUGUAGCUAUAUGUAGUUAGUAUACAUUUGUAAAGUUGACACGAAUGUGAACAUGAUUUUGAG